AUGCAGCUGCAAGAACAGUCUGACGUGUUUUCAAUGCAACGAACUCUCGUCGCCCGUUCUUUCAAGCCUGGCUUUGUUCUUUACAGCCCAGACUUCAAGAAAUGUUGCGGCGACAAUCCACGACUCAUCUUGGCAGAAACACGCAACAACAGAUUCGCCCACGAAGCCGGCGUCUACAUUCCUUCCACCAACUCGAACUACUUUACAUCCAACUACCAAGAUGGCGGCAGCGUCGAAGUCUUCGCGACCAAUUGCAAAGACUUCACAACGACGGCUUUGGAUCAAGCCGUCGUCAAACAACUACCCAACGCCAACGGAGCAUGCAAUUACCGCGAUAAGGUACUCUUCUGCGUGCAAGGCUCGCUCUCCCAACCGUCGGCCCUCAUCCUCCUUGACCCAAAAUCCCUCGCAUGUGAAACGCUCCUCGACAACUUUUAUGGCAAACCCUUCAACAGUCUCAACGACGUCGUCGUACACCAUCCUACUGGAGACAUCUGGUUCACCGACCCUACUUACGGACACCAGCAAGGCUUUCGACCGCAUCCGCAGUUACCCAGCCAAGUCUAUCGCUUUCGUCCAUCGACUGGCCAAGUCUGGGCCGUGGCGGAUGCUUUCGCAGAGUGUAAUGGGCUCUGCUUCAGUCCGGAUUAUCGCAAGCUGUAUGUGACAGAUACUGGCGCUACGAGAGCUGUUGGCCUGGACGGGAACGAGAUCGAUUCGACGAAACCGAGUUCCAUCUAUGAGUUUGAAGUGUCUGGUGGCGGGACAAGAGUGAGGAAUCGGACUCUUCUUGCUCACUGCGCCUUCGGUGUGCCUGAUGGCAUCAAGUGCGAUACGCAGGGGAACGUGUAUUCUGGCUGUGGUGACGGUAUCCAUGUGUGGGAUCCGGAGGGAACGCUUCUGGGCAAGAUAUACACCAAGACCUUGGUAGCCAAUUUUAAUUUCUCGCCUGCAGGAGUCUGGGUUUUUGCCGAGGAGAAGCUGUACCUAUGUACAAUUGGAGCGCGUGGAGCGUUAGCAGAGGUUGAAGGCCAUAAACCAGGAGUGUAG